AUGCCCAAAGUCCUAGUCGUAGGCGCAUCACGAGGAUUAGGCUUGGCCAUUGUCGAAGAGCUCCAAAACCACCCCUCGACCACCGUCAUUGCCACCGUGCGCGGCUCCAUUCCUCUCGAAGGCAUCGAUACCCUCACCGACGUCGACAUUUCCUCCGAUGAUUCAAUUGCUAAGGCAGCGCAGCACCCUCUCGUCCAGGUCCUCGAUAUGAUCAUCGUCAACGCUGCCAUGGGUACACCUGGAAGACUCUUAUCCACUUCCACAGAUACCCUAUCCGAGUACCUCUCCACGAACGUCGUCGGUCCACACCGAGUCGUAUCCGCCUUCAUCCCGGCGCUCAGAAGAGGCAGAGACAAAAAGAUUGUUUUCAUAUCCUCCCGGGCCGGGUCGAUGCACACUCAGAUUGGCAACUCGUUUGGUCUGAUGGGGCCAUACACCGUCACCAAGGCGGGGUGCAAUAUGCUAGCAGUGCAGUACCAUAAUGAGUUGGAAAAGGAAGGAUUCAUUGUGGUGCCGGUGAAUCCGGGAUGGGUCGCAACUGACAUGGGCAACCUUGUAGGAAAUGGAGGAAUGGAACCGAAAGACAGUGCAAAGGGAAUCGUGCGUGUCGUGGAAGGAUUAAAGAGAGAGGAUAGCGCAAAAUUUUUCCAGUUUGAUGGGACGCUGGUGCCGUGGUAG